GGAUCCAGUAACUGCGACUCCGCGGUGGAGGAGGAUUAGCGGCAGACUGUUGCGUUUCUAAGCGCCGCGCGUUGAGACAGCGAAUUAAAAAACACUCGACAUUAUGUCUGCGUCGGGCCGUUGAUAUGUUUUAACACGUGACUGAGUGUGAAACUGUCGGGGGGGAAAUGACAUGUCAGCGGCCGCACUUAACGCCGGCAUUGUUGCGAGGACUCGACUCGAACGCACCGCCUCCGCCGCUGCCGCACUGAGGCAGACGGAGCGAACCGUCACAGCCUGACUGGAACUUUACUACCGUUUUCCUCGAAAACAACAGAAAGAGAGAGGCCGCGCUUCAUCGCCACUUAUUCGACGCCAUCGUACAGGAAAUUCCAAGAUGCAAGAGUCGCUCGUCCGCCGCGUUCGUGUCGUGAAAGGCCACGGAGCUCGGAGAAGGAGCAUCUGAGUAAACAAAACAAAAGGAGGAUUGAGACUCUCUCUCUCUCCUGGAGCUUCUUUUUCUUCUUCUGUCGCUACAUCAAAACCAAGCCAGUCAGAUUUUGGGGUUCGAGCCAAACUAGAUGUGAAAAAGGGAUCGUUUUUUUGUUUGUUGUUGUUGUUGGUGCUGCGAGCUUCAUACCAUGGAUAGCUUCCCCCGGCCCAGCGGUGAAAUCCAGAGGAAGAACCCCCAUCACGACUUGGAGCUCAUCCAGAGGGUGGGAAGUGGCACGUAUGGAGACGUGUUCAAGGCUCGAAACGUGCACACGGGAGAGCUCACUGCUGUGAAGAUCAUAAAGUUGGAAAUAGGGGAUGACUUUUCCAUCAUACAGCAGGAAAUCUUCAUGGUGAAGGAAUGCAUGCACCACAAUAUUGUGGCCUACUUUGGGAGCUACCUCUGUCGGGAGAAGCUUUGGAUAUGUAUGGAGUACUGCGGCGGAGGAUCUCUGCAGGACAUUUAUCACGUGACGGGACCACUGUCAGAGCUCCAGAUCGCAUAUGUCUGCAGAGAGACCAUACAGGGUUUGGGAUAUCUGCACACCAAGGGCAAGAUGCACCGUGACAUCAAGGGUGCCAACAUACUUCUAACAGACAACGGAGAUGUGAAGUUAGCCGACUUUGGAGUUGCGGCCAAAAUAACGGCCACCAUUGCCAAAAGAAAGUCCUUCAUUGGAACACCUUACUGGAUGGCUCCGGAAGUUGCUGCAGUGGAGAAGAACGGUGGCUACAACCAGCUCUGCGACAUCUGGGCAGUUGGCAUCACCUCCAUAGAGAUGGCCGAGCUGCAGCCGCCGAUGUUCGACUUGCACCCGAUGAGGGCCUUAUUUUUGAUGUCAAAGAGUAGCUUCCAGCCUCCUAAACUAAAAGACAAAAGCAAAUGGUCCACCGCCUUCCACAACUUUGUCAAAGUGUCUCUGACGAAGAACCCAAAGAAGAGGCCCACCGCCGAGAAACUUCUAUCGCACGUAUUUGUGGGCCAGACGGGCUUGACGAGGAGGCUCGCCGUCGACCUCCUCGACAAGAUGAACAACCCGGAUAACCACCAGCAUUACAGUGAGGUGGACGACGACGACCUCGAGCCCCUCUCUGCCGUCAGACACACCAUCCGCUCCACCAACAAACAAGCCAGAGCUGAAAGGACACGCUCCGAGUUGGACUCAAACAAUUGGACACGCCAAGGCGGGCCAUGCUCAAGUCCUAGCUUCUCUGAGGGACACAGGGGGGAUGAAGUCGACAAGCUCCAGUUUGAACCACCACUCUGGAAGGAAACGGAGGCUCAUUCUAAAAUGGAUGUGAGGAAAGAUAAUGACUUCCCUUCCCCCUGGAUUCCCUUUGAAGAGGGAGGAAUAACAACCAGCGGGGACAUCGACCAUAUCGAAAACUUCUUUGAAGAUGUAGAGCUAUCGACUCUCAAGCCAGGGCUUCCUCCUCCUCCUCUGCCCCCAAAGCCCCGAUUAAACAGUUCGUCUGAGGAGCUCGGCCUUAACGAAGAGCGGUGUCUGACCGUGCGGCGGUUCCCCAACUCGGAGAACGGGCCGAGCCAGGCGGUGCGCAGACAGAGCACGCCGGAGCAGGGCAACAAGUUUGAGCACUCCUCUCCAGACUUCCUCUCCGUCAGCGUCAGCAGCCCCGGCCUUUUGUCUCACGCCUCUGACCCUGAUAACGAUUCAGAUGACAGUGUGAACGGAGGCAGUCCCAAGCCACCGCCACACCAGCAGCACCGGAAAGAGAAGAAGGAAUUCCCUAAACCAGCUAUCAACGGCCUGCCACCCACUCCCAAAGUACUGAUGGGAGCCUGUUUCUCUAAAGUGUUUGAUGGCUGUCCGCUAAAGAUCAACUGUGCCACUUCAUGGAUUCAUCCAGACACCAAAGAUCAAUACCUAAUCCUUGGGACAGAAGAUGGAAUCUAUACGCUGAAUCUUAAUGAGCUUCAUGAAGCCACGAUGGAGCAGCUCUUCCCAAGGAAGUGUACAUGGCUGUAUGUUAUCAACAACAUCCUGAUGUCUCUAUCUGAAGGGAAAACCUUCCAGCUGUAUUCCCACAACCUCAUUGGGCUGUUUGAGCAGCUGAAGAAGCCCGGCCUGGUCGCUCAGUUCCAGACUCAUCGCUUCCCAGAAAAAAUAUUACCCAGGAGGUUUGCCUUGACAACUAAGAUUACCGACACAAAGGGCUGUCACAAGUGUUGCAUUGUGAGAAACCCGUACACGGGCCACAAGUACCUGUGUGGAGCUCUGCAGUCUGGGAUUGUCCUGUUGCAGUGGUAUGAGCCCCUGGAGAGGUUCAUGUUCGUCAGGCAUUUUGACUUCCCCCUUCCCAGUCCGCUGAAGGUGUUCGAGAUGCUGGUGGUCCCGGAGCAGGAGUAUCCUCUGGUGUGCGUGGCCAUCAGCCAGGGCUCGGAGCCGGGCCAGGUGGUCCGCUUUGAGACCAUCAACCUCAACUCCUUAUCCUACUGGUUCACGGAGACGGAACCAACUUAUCAGCAGGUGGAUGUGAUCCACGUCACCCAGCUGGAGAAAGACACGGUGUUGGUGUGUCUGGACCAAAAUUUGAAGAUUGUUAAUCUCCAGGGCAGAUUGAAGUCCAACAAGAAGCUGGCAUCUGAGCUCAGCUUUGACUUCUGCAUUGGAUCUGUUGUGUGCCUUCAGGACAGUGUCUUGGCCUUCUGGAAACAUGGCAUGCAGGGAAAGAGUUUCAAGUCCAAUGAGGUGACCCAGGAGAUUUCUGAUCCAAGCAGAGUUUUCCGUCUCCUUGGAUCUGACAGGGUGGUGGUUCUGGAGAGCCGACCCACCGACAACCCCACGGCCCCGAGCAACCUCUUCAUCCUAGCAGGUCACGAGAACAGUUACUGAGACCGGACGGGCGUUCGGAGAAGCAUGAAGACGCCUCAAGUGUUGGGAGAAAAACUUUUUUGUUUUUAAGUCAACAGUUACCGGUGGGGAGCUUGUGUUACUGAUCACGGGAACCUCGCAGGUCAGUAAAAAAGAAAAGAAAAAAAAAGCGGAGCCUCUUCAGACAGGAUUCACGAGCGGCCUUUACACCAGCGACGCGUUCACUGUGGCUCCGACGACAAAACUGUUACGAGAAACAAUAAAAAGCUCAUUGUCACCUACUCUUAUUUUUCCUUCCCCCCUCACUCUUCUGUUACCGUUAGAACGAGGUCACGUUAUCUUCGAGGUUAUCAUUGAGAAAAAGUGCCAUGUUAAAAAAAAACUCACAAGAAUUCUGUGAUUGUAUUAAAACGACGGGAGAUUUAUAUUUGUCUGUAACACGUCACCGCGUAUGAUCACCGUCGGCGACGAACAUUACUCGGCGCCUUUGGAAAAGAGAUUUUUUUUUUUUUUACAAGUCUGUAGUCAAAUUAAUGGAUCAGUUUCAACAUUGGAACCCACGAGCCACGAGUGGGUUAUUUAAGCAAUAUUUAUUAACAUCGUGCUCAGUCGUAGAUAAUGUUGGAGGAUUAACUACCUGUAGUGAACAGAUCCCCCGAGCAGCUUCUGGUUAUUUUUCACCGCUAUGUAACAUAACCGCAUCUCUCCUGCUCCACUGCGUUUCCUUUUUUUUUUUUUUUUUUUUUUUAGAAGUUGAAUAUAAUGUACAUUUUUUUCUGUCCUCUCUCUCUCUCUCUCUCUCGCUCCUUCCUUUUCCUUUCCCCCUCUUCUUUUAUAGAACCCCUUUUAAUUCUUCAUUAUUUGCACCAUGUAAGCACUUUUGUACAUUUAUUUUUUAAUUUAAAAUAAAAUGACAAAAUGAGGGACGAUGCUAUAGGUUUUGUUGUGUUAACAUCUUUUUGCAUUCCCCCUUCGCGACAACUGUUUAAUGAACGCUGUUUUUUUGUAAUAAAAUAAAAAUUUUAAAUAAAAAAAACGCUGUUGUUAACAAGA